UUAUAGCGGUCGGACUUCAAAAUGUCGGCGCCGGCGUUCAUAAACACAGCAUUUCUACUCCGGAAAAUUCGGGAUUUGCGAUCCCUCACACCGAGACGAACACGAGUGAAAACGAAAUGGGCCACCUCCCUGCCCAGGUACCCCGCCACCAACAUGGCCCUGCAGUACUUCGACGCCACCUACAGCCUCCAGCUGGGCCGGCUUUGGCCCUCGGUGCGGUGCAGCCUGCUCUCUGAGAGGAAGUACGGAGCUCUGCUCAACAACUUCUCCGACCACCAAGCCGUCGCGUCUGACCUUCAGGAACAGGGCUGCUGGGACUUUGUUAGCCCCGCACAACUGGAGGCUCCCUUGUCACCCAUCAGACCUGAGAUAGAAGGAGGGCCCGAAGACGUAGCCGAGAGGUCUGAACUCAAGGGGUCUCAUGGCAGCAAUCAAGACAAUUCCCCCCUCAGUCUCAGCUCCAACAUCAGGUGUUUUGUUUUCCCAAGAGCUGACAUCACAAGAUUCAAAUCGGCCAGACCAGAUCAGACCCGGCUGCUGGGAUACUACCUGAUGGACGCGGCCUCCGUCCUGCCCUGCCUGGCGCUGGACGUCCAGGAGGGCCACAGCGUGCUGGACCUCUGCGCCGCCCCUGGAGGGAAGACCCUGGCCCUGCUCCAGACGGAGGCCAUAAGGUUCCUCAGUGUCAACGACUCCUCCGUGGCCCGGACGUCCCGUCUGAAGAACGUCCUACACAGCUUUGUUCCCAAGCACCUCCUGUCCACCGACCGGCUGCGGGUCACAUCCUUCGAUGGCACCCAGUGGUCCGAGUUUGAAAGGAACACCUACGAUCGGGUGCUGGUGGACGUGCCUUGUACCACGGACAGACAUUCAGCCACAGAGGAGGACAACAACAUCUUCAGCAAGAUCAGGACGGGCGAGAGGAAGAGGCUCCCCCAGCUGCAGACGGACCUUCUGCUGGCUGGCAUCAAAGCAGCCUGUCCAGGGGGGGAGGUGGUGUACUCCACCUGCACCCUCUCCCAGCUCCAGAACCAGUACGUCGUCCAGCAGGCCCUCCACCUGGCCCGCCAGGAGGGCAUCCACCUUCAGGUGGUCUCUCUGCAGCCGCUGGUGCGCAGGCUCGGGGGAACCUUCCAUUUCGCCCCGGACCUCCUGCUGGGGGAGAUGGUCGUCCCCCACCUCACCGCAAACUUCGGACCCCUCUACAUGUGCAGGCUGAGGAGGCUGUGCUGAGGCCCACGAGGGGAACAGUGCACCUUCAACGACACGUGCGUGAGGACCACGCCCAUUGGCUCUUUGACCGUUGCUAUGGCCCAAGGGAAGGCCUAACUCCCCCCACCUCAAAGGCUCUUGUUGUUAUGUUGCAGACGGUCUGUUGGUCUGACAUUGUUUAAUGCAAAGGCCACAUUUGGAUGAAAUACUGGAAUGCGUUGACAUCUCAAUCAACACAACAUCCAAACCCCAUUUAGGACCAUCCUGAUCAAUAUUGUAAUAAUGGAGACCUGUAGGUCAGCAAAAACAACUAUGUAACCAAAUAUCCAGUAUUAUCCCCUAUUAAAGCAGUACAUGAGGCACGUUUACGUCCUGCUUUGAAUUUAAGAAUAAAAAUGAAGGAUCCUCUGUGUCCACUAGAGGUCGCCAAUGGCACACAGGUGAAAGUACUAUCGCUUUCGGCAGUUGAUUGGUGUAGAAGAAAACCUCGAUAUGCUGACAACUUUUUGUCAUUCAACCUCAUGCCCCUUUUUAAAAAAUAUCUACAUGUUAUUCACCAGGUUUGAUAACUUUCCCCCACAAUAUGCUCUACGCUGCAACACGGCGUGUAAUGAAAACGGAGGUAAUGAUACUGGUAAUAGCACUUGCUCUGCCUUCCCGCUGUUGAAGCUUCUAGACCUUUUCAUUAUCAUCGUGGAAUAUCUUAUCACCGUCGCUUAAAGGUGAAACGAAUUCUGCUCUUCAUAACAGAAAUGGGAGCAGAGACGGGAGUGAGAGAGAGAGCAGUGGUACCUCUUGUGUUCACUUCCCCUCAUCGAUGACCCCCCUUUACGUUGGGCUGGCCAGGCAAUGUAGCGUGAAAGAGGUGUGUGUGUGUGUGUGUGUGUGUGUGUGUGUGUGUGUGUGUGUGUGUGUGUGUGUGUGUGUGUGUGUGUGUGUGUGUGUGUGUGUGUGUGUGUGUGUGUGCGCGCGCGUGCGCCUAACGAGUCGGGGGGGCCCCACCCAAGUGUCAUCGGUGUCCCACUGUCAUUAAGCGGCUCUGCAGAGCCAGAGCUGGGGCCCCGGGAGCGCUGGGGCCCCUGGCUGGCUGGCUCCCAGAUGAACAUUAAAGAGCCGGGGAGGAGAGGAGCUAAAAUGGGGGGGGGGGCGGUCGCGCUUGGUGUUGAACCCCCACACGCUCCGUCCUUUUUAUUCCACAGAUGACUGCAGAUGAUUUUCUGUGCGAUUGUGAGUGAUUACUGUAUUACCGCCCUAAAAGGGGGAUGUAACGGCGACUGCGGAGGGAAUUAAUGACUCAUAAAAACUCUAUAUUCUCUCUGUGUAUUGAGUGCCUCCGUCUCGCGGGUCCGGAAUGCCUAUGCGCGCAUCUUGUGAUUACCUAAACCUUUUGUAAAUAUGUGUUUCCUAUGGGCGCGCCCAUAAAUUUACAUGUUUUAGCAGUCGGGAGAUGGUGCACUAUUAGGGCUGAGUUAUUCUCCACGCAGCCUCUCCAAACACUGUGUCUGGCUGGCUGCUUUAUUAUUGAAUUAGCCAAUGAUGCGCUGUGUGUUUGUAUCUCUCGGUGUCUGGGAGAUAUAUGCUGUGUAUUAAAAGAUGAUGGGUUUAACACCAAAUAACUAUCUUGUGCGGCCCAAUGUACUUUGUCAAUAAAGCGUUUUCUGUUUACUGAA